UGCCGCUUCCAUCAAUUUCACACAAAUGGUUGAUCCUGGAGGUGGUGCUGUUUGCAAUGGAACACUUCACAAUCAGAGUGACCACUGUUACAGAAAAAACUGCACAAGGAACGGGAUGGUGAAAGAAGCCCAGCAAAAUGGAAAUUCAAAUUUUUAUAGGCCAAUUGUUGAAUCCUUUGAGGAAGCACCUCUACAUGUUAUGGUUUUCACUUACUUGGGAUAUGGAAUUGGAACGCUGUUUGGCUAUCUCAGAGAUUUUUUGAGAAACUGGGGAAUAGAAAAAUGCAAUGCAGCCAUAGAGAGAGAAGAGCAAAAAGAUUUUGUGCCGCUGUAUCAAAGCUUUGAGAAUUUUUAUACACGGAACCUUUACAUGAGAAUCAGAGACAACUGGAACCGGCCCAUCUGCAGUGCCCCGGGGCCUCUGUUCGAUGUGAUGGAGAGGGUGUCAGAUGACUACAACUGGACGUUUAGAUUUACUGGAAGGAUCAUCAAAGAUGUCAUCAAUAUGGGUUCCUAUAAUUUCCUUGGCCUGGCAGCCAAGUACGAUGAAUCUAUGAAAACAGUAAAGGAUGUUUUAGAGACGUAUGGCCUGGGCGUGGGCAGCACCAGACAUGAAAUGGGAACCUUGGAUAAACAUAAAGAGUUGGAGGACCUUGUGGCUAAGUUCCUGAAUGUAGAAGCUGCUAUGGUCUUUGGGAUGGGAUUUGCAACGAACUCAAUGAAUAUCCCUGCACUCGUUGGAAAGGGAUGCCUCAUUUUAAGCGAUGAGUUAAACCAUGCAUCUCUUGUGCUUGGGGCCCGACUCUCGGGUGCAACCAUAAGGAUCUUCAAACACAACAACAUGCAAAGCCUAGAGAAGCUCCUGAGAGAUGCUGUAAUCUACGGCCAGCCUCGAACCCGCAGAGCUUGGAAAAAGAUUCUAAUCCUAGUGGAGGGCAUCUACAGCAUGGAAGGUUCCAUCGUGCGUCUGUCCCAGAUCGUGGCUCUAAAGAAGAAAUACAAGGCUUACCUCUAUGUAGAUGAAGCUCACAGUAUUGGAUCCGUGGGCCCGACCGGCCGGGGUGUGAUGGAGUUCUUUGCAAUGGACCCCAGAGAUAUUGACGUAUUUAUGGGCACAUUCACCAAAAGCUUUGGCGCCUCGGGAGGUUACAUAGCUGGAAGGAAGGACCUUGUGGAUUAUUUACGGGCUCACUCACAUAGCGCUGCUUAUGCCACCUCCAUGAGCCCCCCGAUAGCAGAGCAAAUCAUCAGAGCAAUGAAACUCAUCAUGGGACUAGAUGGGACCACGCAAGGGUUGCAGAGAGUACAGCAACUUGCAGAAAACACAAGAUAUUUCAGACAGAGACUGAGUGAAAUGGGAUUCAUUAUCUAUGGCAAUGAGGAAUCUCCCGUUGUUCCCCUGCUCCUUUACAUGCCUGCUAAAGUAGCGGCUUUUGCAAGGCAUCUAUUAAAGAGAAAAAUCGGCGUGGUGGUCGUUGGAUUUCCAGCUACUCCCCUUGCAGAAGCCCGGGCUCGGUUCUGUGUUUCAGCAGCACAUACCCGGGAGAUGUUAGACGCAGUUUUGGAAGCCCUGGAUGAGAUGGGUGACCUCCUGCAUGUGAAAUAUUCCCGGAACAGGAAGUCAGCACGCCCCGAACUCUACGACGAGACGAGCUUUGAACUUGAGGAUUGAGUUUCCUGGACCUGAAUGGAGCCUAAAGACUUUGCCAGAAAGACUUCCCUCCUUGCCUCCAAAGAAAUAUGAAUAGAUUUCUUCUCCUUCCUAAGGACAGUUUUGGUUUCCAAACCAAUUUCAUUGAGCCAAGGGAGACACGAUUGUUGUGCUUUUAAUAUCUCUGCAGAGACAAAA